AUGGAGAGAGACGAAGGAAACUUCUUUAUUAUGAUGGUAUCCCUGAAGGUUCAGGCUUUGGAUGACAAAAGAUUAGCAAACUCACCUAUGUAUGAUUGCUUCAUGUUAAGCCUCCUCUUAGGGGCUAGUUGUUCAAGACUUUCAAGUUAUAAAAAAAUUUUGUGUUUGGCUCACAAGAAACAACCUCAUCCUCUUGUUAUUCUUCGUGUUGAUUUCUCUUCUUGCCCCAAGGUCCAAAGGCUAGCUAGCUAG